GAUUACGACAUGUUGCUGAUGUUCGAAAAUGGUAUACGUGGUGGACUAGUGCAAGCGAGCAAACGGUAUGCGAAGGCGAAUAAUGUCAAGACCCCGGGAUACAACGAGACGAAGGAUAAAUCAUGGAUAAUUUAUCAGGACUGUAACAACUUGUAUGGAUGGGCAAUGUCUCAGUACAUGCCGUACGGUGGGUUCAACUGGGUUGAACCUACAUUGAAUGGAUUAGAUGAUUUGGAUGACACCUCCCCCAUAGGACGUGUGUAUGAGGUGGACGUGACGUACCCACAACACCUACACAACGAGCAUAACGACCUGCCUUUCUUACCCCAAAACAGUAUGCCGAGUGGUUCGAAGGUAAGAAAGUUGAUGGCAACGUUCGAAAAGAAGGAUAAUUAUAUUAUACACUAUCGAAAUCUGCAGCAGGCGAUUAAGAAUGGACUUAUAGUUGAAAAGGUACAUAGAGUAAUACAAUUCAACCAGUCUGACUGGCUGGCUAAAUAUAUUGAGUUGAACACCGAGAUGAGGAAGAAGGCAAAGAAUGAUUUUGAGAAAGACUUUUUUAAAUUAAUGAAUAACGCUGUAUUUGGUAUUAAAACAAUGCAAUCGAAGAGGAAGGAGAUGAAGAUGGAGUUGGUGUCAUGUGAAAGGAGAUUGCAAAAAAUUAUAAACAAGUGUACGUUCAAACACUGUACAAAUUACAAUGAGAACCUUAAUGCUGUCGCCCUGGAGAAUAAGAUUAUUAGAUUUGACAAACCUAUUUAUAUUGGAUUUGCAGUACUAGAUAUAAGUAAGACGCUGAUGUACGACUAUCAUUAUAAUGUAAUGAAGAAAUUCUACAGAGACAAAAUUAAAUUAAUGUACACUGAUACAGAUUCACUAGUAUAUCAUAUUGAUACUGAAAAUUUUUAUGUGGACUUGGCGGUUAAUCGUAACUUGUUGGACCGGAUGGACACCGCCAACCUGCCCAAUGACCAUCCGUGCUAUGUGGCAGAAAGAAAGAAGUCUCCGGGGUACUUUUCUGAUGAGGUGGAUGGGAAUGUGAUUACCGAGUUCUGUGCGUUGAGGGCAAAGUCCUACGCUUUUAAUGUGUAUGCUGGAGCAGAGGACAGAGUUGGUGGUGAAAAGAUCAAGGCGAAGGGUAUCAGAGCUCAUGUUGUUAAGAACCACAUGACGAUGGAAGAUCAUAGGAAGUGUUUGUUUGGUGAAGCUGGAGUGGAGGCAUACAAGGAGAAUGUAUCAAUACGGUCAUUCAACCACCAGCUAGUAACGAUAAAGACCAGGAAGCUGACCUAUAACAACUAUGAUGAUAAGAGGGUGGUGUUGGAAGAUAAAAUAAACACACUAGCCCAUGGACAUUACAGUAUAGAGAGAGAUGAACCAGAGGAUGAGUAGACAGAACUUCAACAUUACUUUUUAUAUAUUGUAUAUUUUUUUCUGUUAAUUAGUUUUAUUGUAAAUAUUAUACGUUAUAUAGUUUGUUAUAUUUGAGAUAGAUUAUUGUAUAUAACUUUUGUAUUUAGAUGUCACGGUUGGAUACACCAACGAUUGUAAAAUAACUCAAAUUGAAAUUAUUGUAAAUACUGUCUAACAGAAUGUUUUUAAGUUAGAUUAGUGUAUAAACUUACAGUAUUUCCCCCCCCCCUUUAUAAUGUAUAAUUGAUAGAUAAUUAAGUUUUUUCAUAUUUAUAAUGUAUAAUUGUUAGAUAUUUAAGUUAGUUUACAAUGAUUUCUUAUAAUAUUUUUUUUCCUGUUAAUAAUCAUGUUUUUUCUGUUUCAGGUUGAUGGAAGCCCAUACAUAUUUAAAAACCUGUGUAAAUGUUAACAUAUAUAAAUGUAUGUUAGCAUAUAAAUAAAAAAAAAAAAACAAUGUUAAAAUAUUUUCAUGUUUAUUCAAUAAAAUGUAUACAAUUUUUAAGAAUUAUUUAUAAACCAUUUCCUUAUAGCAAAUACUUUAUAGAAUGUACACUGUUUAGGAUUUAAGUCCUUAUGAAAGAUACAACAAGGUAAAUUUUCUUCAUCACAAAUUUGUUCCAGUCGAGGACAGCCCAGGUCUUCAAUGUUGAUGAUUGUGACGUGAGGUAUA